GUUGUCUCUACAUGUGUCGUGACCUUUGCGACAGUUAACCUUUUUCAGUAUUGAAUCUACCAUGGAUUUGCGCAGGCUGCCGUCUUAAUGCUAAAGGGUUUAUUCAUUUCUUUGCACUCAUAUGGGGACGACGCGAAAUCAUAUAUAACUCCCCCGAUCUUCUUCUUCACACGAUGACCACGGAUCUUUGCCCUCUCUCACCACAACCUCGCUGAACCACCAUGGCUCCCCGGUAUGGGAAUCAACCAUAUCACAUCCAACAGAAUCAUCUCCAGUCGCACCAGCAUGGCGCGCUCCCUCCUCCGACCCAUCUUGGUACACCCUCAUUUGGCGCAGCCGGAUCGUCCAGUGCAAGCCCGUUCGCUCUAGCUGGCAACCUCAACAAUGGCUUCGAUCGCAACAUGCUGGACGGAGGGCUAUUGCCUAGCCAGAUGGCACAAAUGGGUUUCCCCAGAGGAGGACCAGUCCAAGGGCACCAAAACUACGAUGGUCUAGGUGCACCUUUGGAGAACAAGGACGAUGCUCGAAUUCGCAAUGUCUGGAAACACAACUUGAAGGAAGAGAUGGCUACGCUCCGACAACUUGUCGACUCGUAUCCAUAUAUUGCAAUGGACACUGAAUUCCCCGGCAUCGUUGCGAGACCUAUCGGCCAGUUCACUACCAAAGCAGAUUACCAUUAUCAAACGCUUCGCUGCAACGUGGAUUUGUUGAAGAUGAUACAACUCGGAAUCACACUAUUCAAGCCGGAUGGCAGUAUUCCACCCCCCGAUGCGGUCGCACCAAGCAAAUCACAAUUUCACUCGAACACUCUCCCUACACCUUGCACCUGGCAGUUCAACUUCAGAUUUUCGUUGGAAACAGACAUGUAUGCUAGAGAAUCGACACAGAUGCUCACAAAAGCUGGGAUCGAUUUUGACAAACAUGCCAAGCACGGCAUAGAACCAGAAGAUUUUGGAUCCCUUCUGAUCAGCUCUGGCAUGGUCCUGGAUCCUGACGUUCACUGGAUCUCCUUCCACUCUGGCUACGACUUUGGUUACCUCAUGAAAUUGAUGAUCUGCAAACCACUUCCCGAAGAUGAAGCCCAGUUCCACAAAUACCUCGAGAAGUUCUUCCCGUCGCUUUUCGACAUCAAAUUCAUGCUCAAGCAUGCGGGUGUUAGAGGACAAGUCAACAGCGGUCAAGCGCUGACGCAAGAGGCCGCCAUGAUGGUGCAACGAAUCAUGACCAAAUCUGGACUACAGGACAUUGCCGAAGAACUCGCAGUGGCGCGGAUCGGCCAGGCACACCAGGCUGGGUCAGACUCCUUGCUUACUGGGCAGGUGUACUUCAAGAUGAAGGAGAAGAUCUUCAACGGGGUCAUCGAAGAAGACAAAUACCGGCUCCAAGUUUGGGGCUUGAAUGCACAAAUGCCCACCGGCGGUGUCAGCGCUCCCAACAUGAAUGGCGCCACCUUCUACAACCACAACGGAACACCGUCGACUCCCCAGACCGGCAACAUCGGCAUGGCAGGCUCUUCGCACACACCGGUGCCUCACGGCGGCAUGAUGGGAAGCAUCACACCCGGGGGCUUCGGAAAUUUCUCAUACUCAAAGACGAUAAGUUAGGAUCCUUUCACGGGCGAUGAGCAGGAAAUGGAUCCGGCUCCGCAUUAUCGAGUUGCGGAGUUGGCGCGUGUGGUAGACUGGAAGGCGCUUCAGAAGGAAAUAGUGGGCAAAAAGCAGGUACCUCCCCCAAAGGGCCGGAAUUAGCGUUUCAUGCGUCUUGGUCGUGGUCGUGGUUAUCGGCGUGGAACUUGGCCGGGUAUUUGCCGUGGGACUCGGGCUGUCAAUGGACACUCGGUCUCUGUAAAUCGUGGUCGUCGUGACCUGGAUACUUCUUCUUUUUGAUCGAACGGUCAUCAUCAGCAAAACGUUUCCUCAAAUGACAGCGUUGCCGCAAAAAAAAAGAAGACUUGUGUCAAUGACUUCCCAUGAAAUGGCAGACCGGAGGGGGCCAACAUGCGGCAUCUGUGUAUAUGAAUAGUUUGAGUGUUUUUAAGUUUUGAUUUACAGCGUUGUGUGUUUUCUAAUUUUCAAAUUGUAACAAUUGAAGACAGAACCGUUCACUCUCGA